AUGAAGCCCCGCCGGCGCCAGCCCCCGCGGCGGAGCGGCGGGACCGGCGCAGGGGAAGGAGCCCCGCACACCCCGCCGCCUCCCGCCGGGCCGCGCCGCCCGGGCGAGGCCGCGCCCCCUCCGCCGGAAGUAACGGCGGCCGGGCGGGGGCGCGGGCUGCCGCGCGGGCCGGGCGGGCAUGCGCGUGCCCGCGGGGCCGUGACCUCACUUCCUGUUGUGCUCCGCGCCCACCCCGCGGAGCCAGGCCGGGAGGCGGCGGUGAGUGACGGCUGGGGGGUUCCGGGCACCCCCACCCCAUCGCGAGAGUCGCGCGGCGCCCGGGCGGGCGGCCCCGCGGAGCCGGGAAGGGCAGAGGGUGCCGAGCGCGGCGGGGCGGGGACGGGAUGGGAGGCCGGGCGGGGCGGACGGGCCUCCGCCGCCGUGGGGAGAGUCCCCGGGGAGCUGGCGGGAGCCCUGGCGGGGUGUGGAACGGCGGCCCUGGGACAUCAGGGCGACAGAGCCCCCCGGGGCUCGCGGGGGCGCGGCGGCAUCGGGGCCGUAACGGCCGUUCCGUUCCCCUCGCUGGUGUCCGUUCGGUGGUUACUAGGAGAUGCCUGUUGCGGCAGUGUCAGUGCCCGGCUGUCCCCGGCUCUCCCGGCGGUGUUAGCGCUCACAACCGAGACUGAAGUUUUAUCAGCUGACAGAGCGUUCCGUGUGAUUUGUGGUACCAGUGACCAGAACAGCAAAAAGCAAAUCACUUUGGUACUUUUGGCACAGGCGGUGCCGCUUCUGAAGAGCACAGAGCUCGGAGCUCACUGUGAGAAGCACUGA